AUGAGCGGGCGGCCGGUCUCCCGCAAGCAGCGGCUCAUGGCCGCCGUGGGCGAGCGGGCGGCGGGCGGCGGCGGCGGCGGCGGCGGCGCGCCGCUCUCCUGUUUCAUCUGCGGCGGCGGCAUCGGGCGCGGCAAGGAGCUGAAGCUGCAGGUGAAGCAGCCGGCGGCGGGCGCGGGGGGCGCGGGGGCCCCGGCGGCGCAGCCCUUCUUCCCGUUCCUGCAGCAGCAGGAGCCGGCGCCCGGCGCGCGCGAGCUGUGCCCGGCGGACGGCUGCGUGCUGGUGUGCGCCGUGUGCCGCUGCUUCCUGGGCGAGCAGUGGGCCGCCUUCGAGCGCGCCCGCACGCCCGUGGACAAGCGCAUGUACUGGCUCAAGCGGCCCCACCAGUGCGACGCGGGCGCGGGCGGGCGGCGCGGGGGCGCGGGGGCCCCCCGCGAGUGGAACGUCGCCUACGCGCUGGGCGGCGCGGCCGGCGGCGACGACGACGACGACGAGGACGGCGGCGGCCCCCGAGUCUCCGCUGAGGAGCCUCGAGACUCGGAGUUGUCCGAGCUGUCGGACACCGACCCCCUCUCGGACCCGGACCCUGUCCCGCGCGACGCCUUGAGCCCCCGCCAGGACGGGGCGCUGGCGGCGGCGCGGACCGCUCUGGGGCCGGGGACUGGGCCGCCUCGAGGGGGCCGCGGCCAGGAUUGGAGGACGGCGGCGGCGCCGGGACCCCCUCCGGGACAGAGCGCAGCCGGGACCCCGGAGCUGGGAAACGUGGAGGAGGAGCAGGAAGGGGACCCCUCGAAGCUCCACGUGGACGGAGAGCCCAAGCCCGGCGGCAUCAGGCGCCGGAGAAAGGGCGUGGGGAGGCCCUGGGUCCCCGAGGCGCGGGCCAGUGUCCUGAGAGGGAUUCAAGGCCCGUGGCCAGGCCCUCCAGUCCCCGUGGCCCCUGCAGACGGCAUAAGAGGAGCCCCGCCGGGCAGGGCCGCCAAGGCGCUGGAGAGCAGGCCCCUGGGGGAGCCCCGGGGAGGAGGCUACUGCCUAUCCGAGGACAGUGAUAUCAACAUCACCAGCGAGGAGGAGGACCGAAAGGAGCAGCCUCUCCCCAGCUCCUGUGGUGGCCCCAAAGAGAAGGAAGCCGGUGGCCGCGUCCCCCGGGUUCCCCCGGAGAGCCGCGCUGCGCCACCAGGGGGCCUCUGCUGCUACAUCUGCGGGUCGGCGCUGUCCCCGGCCUCGCAGCACCAGAUCCACGUGCAGAAGCAGGAGAAGCUGGCUCAGGCCCCCUUCUUUCCCUUCCUGUGGCUGCACAGCCCGCCUCCCGGGGCUCAGCCCAUCAGCGAGGGUGGCAGCACCCUGGUGUGUCCCUGCUGCUUCUCCUCCCUCAUGCAGCAGUGGCAAAGCUUCGAGCUGGCCAGCGUGCCGGUCCUGCAGAGACUGUACGUGGUGCCUCUGAACAGCCACGCCCCCGGCAUGGCCUCCAAGGGCAGGAGGCUCCCCAGGGAGGAGGGCACGCCCUCGGGGACCCUGCCAGAGGCCUGCUACCUCUGUGGGGAGGAUUGCACCCCUGACGCCCGGGCUGUGGCCUCCAGGAUCCUAAACGGCAACGCCAGGAGCACCAUGCAUUUCCCCUUCCUCAGCCUCCUGCCCUGCCCCCCCAACGCCCGGGGCCCCAACAAGCGCUGUGAGGUUCGGAGCUGCCCCAAGUGCUUCAGCGUCCUGGAGGACAUCUGGGCCCUGUACCGGGCCUGUCAGAAUGAGGAGCUUAUCACGUCGGUGCAGGCCUUCCUGGGCAGGUACCACCAGGCCUUCCCCGCCUCCGACCCGGCUCUCUCUGAGCUGCCCGCCUCGAUCCAGGCCGGCGUCACCGUGUCCGUCUGCUACAUCUGCGGCACCGAGCUGGGUCCCGGGAAGGAGUUCCAGCUCAACGUGAACCCCUCCAGCCGCCUGGGCGAGAAGGAGCCCUUCUUCCCCUUCCUCACCGUGUACCCGCCUGCUCCGCGCGCCAGGCCUGCCGACUCCACGGGCCUGGUGGCCACCUGCGUGCUCUGCUACCACGACCUGCUGGGCCAGUGGCUGCAGCACGAGGCGCGCAACGCUCACCACGCCGUCAGCGCCUGGUCCCGGCAGUACCAAGUGGACACGUUUGUGUGCUUCUUCUGCCAGCAGGAGAGGAAGCGGUGUCUGGGGCUGAAGGCUGUGCGGGUGGCCCGGCUGCCCCUGUUUCUCUAUACCCUGCGCGCGAGCCGCAGCCUGCUGGUGGACGACGGGCGGCAGCUGAUCAUCGGCGCCUGUGUGGAGUGUGGGACUCUGGUAUGUGCUGGCCAAGGGCACGCCCGCCAGGGACCUGUGGUGGGCUGGAGCUCCCCGGUGGCCACGGCGACAAAGGUCACCACUGCAUCUCUCGAGGCACCGGCAGCCGCCCGCCCUCCCACUCAGGAGCCCGAACCCUGGCCGGGGACCCCAGCAGAAAGCCUGCUCAGAGGCCCCAAGUCCGCCCCGGAGCCGGGGCCAGCCCGGUGUCAGCAGAGCAGCCUGGACGGGGCCGGACCAGACCUCGCGGGCACAGGGUCUUCACUGAGCAGUGAGUCGUCCCCUGUGUCCUCUCCAGCCACCAACCACAGCUCCCCUGCCAGCACUCCCAAGCGUGUGCCCAUGGGCCCCAUCAUCGUCCCCCCCGGGGGCCACAGCGUCCCGAGCACGCCCCCCGUGGUGACCAUCGCCCCGACCAAGACCGUCAAUGGCGUCUGGAGGAGCGAGAGCCGGCAGGACACCAGCUCCCGGGGCAGCAGCAGCGGCCGAGAACGCCUCAUCGUGGAGCCCCCACUGCCCCAGGAGAAGGCGGGGGGCCCGGCCAUCCCCUCCCACCUGCUCAGCACCCCGUAUCCCUUCGGCAUCUCCCCCAGCUCGGUGGUGCAGGACUCCCGAUUCCCACCACUCAACCUCCAGCGGCCGGUGCACCACGUGGUGCCGCCCAGCACGGUGACCGAGGACUACCUGAGGAGCUUCCGGCCCUACCACACCGCCGAGGACCUCCGCAUGUCCUCCCUGCCUCCCCUCGGCCUGGACCCUGCCACUGCCGCCGCCUACUACCACCCCAGCUACCUGGCUCCGCACCCCUUCCCUCACCCAGCCUUCAGGAUGGACGACUCCUACUGCCUGUCCGCCCUGCGGUCCCCCUUCUACCCCAUCCCCACCCCCGGCUCCCUGCCUCCGCUGCACCCCUCGGCCAUGCAUCUUCACCUCUCCGGGGUCCGCUACCCCCCGGAGCUGUCCCACUCGUCCCUGGCGGCACUGCACUCGGAGCGAAUGUCCAGCCUCAGUGCCGAGAGGCUGCAGAUGGACGAGGAGCUGCGGCGGGAGCGCGAGCGGGAGCGCGAGCGGGAACGUGAGCGCGAACGGGAACGGGAAGCCGACCGGGAGCGGGAGAAGGAGCGGGAGCGGGAGCGGGAGAAGGAGCGCGAGCGGGAGAAGGAGCUGGAGCGCGAGCGCGAGAAGGAGCGGGAGAGGGAGCUGGAGCGCCAGCGGGAGCAGCGGGCCCGUGAGAAGGAGCUGCUGGCCGCCAAGGCGCUGGAGCCCGCCUUCCUGCCCGUGGCCGAGCUGCACGGGCUGCGCGGCCACGCCUCGGAGGAGCGGGUCAAGCCCGCGGAGCAGCUGACCCCGACCCGCGCAGAGAAGCUGAAGGACGCAGGCCUGCAGGCGCCCAAGCCCGUGCAGCACCCCCUGCACCCGGCGCCCGCCCCCCACCACGCCAUGCCCAGCCUUCUCUCCAACCACGGGAUCUUCUCUCUGCCGGGCAGCAGCGCCGCCACGGCCCUGCUCAUCCAGCGCACCAACGAGGAGGAGAAGUGGGUGGCGCGGCAGCGGCGGCUGCGGCAGGAGAAGGAGGACCGGCAGUCGCAGGUGUCGGAGUUCCGGCAGCAGGUGCUGGAGCAGCACCUGGACAUCGGCCGGCCGCCGGCGCCCGCAGAGCCCGAGCACAGGCCCGAGAGCGCCAGGCCGGGACCAAACCGUCACGAGCCGGGUAGCCGAGACACCCCGCAGCACUUUGGCGGGCCCCCGCCCCUCAUCUCGCCCAAGCCCCAGCACCACUCCGUGCCCACGGCCCUCUGGAACCCGGUGUCCCUGAUGGACAGCACCCUGGAGACACGGCGGGCCCCCGAGAGCCACCCUCUGCAUAGCCACCCAGCCCUGUUCGAGCCCGGCCGCCAGGCGGCAGUCCCGCUGGUGAAGGUGGAGCGGGUCUACUGCCCGGAAAAGGCGGAGGAAGGGCCCCGGAAGCGCGAGGCAACCCCCCUGGACAAGUACCAGCCGCCUCCACGGGAGGCAGGGAGCCUGGAGCACCAGGCCUUUCCUCACGGGCCUGGGCCCUUCCUGGCUGAGCUGGAGAAGUCCACCCAGACCAUCCUGGGCCAGCAGCGGGCCACCCUGGCCCAGCCACCCCCCUUCGGGGAACUCACUGGACCCCUGAAGCCGGGCUCACCCUACCGGCCCCCAGCACCACGCGGCUCUGACCCCGCCUACAUCUUCGAUGAGUUCCUGCAGCAGCGCCGGAAGCUGGUCAGCAAGCUGGACCUGGAAGAGCGCAGACGGCGAGAGGCCCAAGAGAAAGGAUACUACUACGACCUGGAUGACUCCUAUGAUGAGAGUGAUGAAGAAGAGGUCAGGGCCCAUCUCCGCUGCGUGGCCGAGCAGCCGCCCCUCAAACUGGACACAUCCUCCGAGAAGCUAGAGUUUUUGCAACUUUUUGGCUUGACCACCCAACAGCAGAAGGAGGAACUGCUGACCCAGAAGCGGAGGAAGCGGCGGCGGAUGCUGAGAGAGAGAAGCCCAUCGCCCCCGACGAUUCAGAACAAGCGGCAGACGCCCUCGCCGAGGCUGGCCCUGUUCACCCGCUACAGUCCCGACGAGAUGAACAACAGCCCCAACUUCGAAGAGAAGAAGAAGUUCCUGACCAUCUUCAACCUGACCCACAUCAGCGCUGAGAAGAGGAAAGACAAAGAGAAACUUGUCGAAAUGCUCCAUGCCAUGAAGCAGAAGGCACUGUCCGCGGCAGUGGCAGACUCUCUCAGGAACUCUCCGAGGGACAGUCCUGCUGUCUCCCUGAGCGAACCAGCCACGCAGCCAGCCUCUCUGGAUAUGGAAAAGCCGGUGGGUAUUGCUGCUUCCCUGUCUGAUGUCCCAAACGCCAUGGAGCUUGGGAGACUGGAACAGCUCCGGCCACAGGAAUUGUCUCGAGUCCAGGAGCUGACUCCUGCCAGCGUUGAGAAGGCCAGGUCGAAUGAGGCCCCUGGGGGCAAGAAGAACCUGAGCAUGAUGCAUUACAUCAGGGGCCCCGCCCCCAAGGACAUUCCCGUGCCACUGUCCCACAGCAUCAACGGGAAGAGCAAGCCGUGGGAGCCCUUCAUGCCAGAGGAGUUUGCACAUCAGUUCCACGAGUCCGUGCUGCAGUCCACCCUCCAGAAGCACAAAGGGAGCGUAGCUGUGCUGUCUGCAGAGCAGAACCACAAAGUUGACACGUCCAUCCACUACAACAUUCCUGAGCUGCAGUCCUCAAGCCGGCUCCCUCUGCCCCAGCACAACGGGCAGCAGGAGCCCCUGGCCGUGAGGAAGGGCCCCCUCACACAGGAGACGGACCAGGACUCGGAAGAGGAAGAGGAGGAGGAGGAUGGAGAAGAGGAUGACGAGGAACCCCCCAGGCGCAAGUGGCAAGGGAUUGAGGCAAUUUUUGAAGCUUACCAGGAACAUAUAGAAGAGCAAAACCUGGAGCGGCAGGUGUUACAGACACAGUGCAGACGGCUGGAGGCCCAGCACUACAGCCUCAGUCUCACAGCAGAACAGCUCUCCCACAGCAUGGCGGAAUUGAGGAGCCAGAAACAGAAGAUUGUCUCAGAAAGGGAGCGAAUCCAGGCAGAACUGGAUCACUUCCGGAAGUGCCUUGCGUUGCCUGCAUUGCAUUGGCCUAGGGGUUAUUUUAAGGGAUAUCCUAGGUGA